AUGGCAGUGCAUUUGAGUGCUCUUGUUCCCAUACUUCUAGAGACUGCCAAGUAUCAACGGUCACAAAAUAUUCGAGUAUUAUCUUUGGAGGCUCUUCAUGAAAUUACGAUUGGAUUUCCCUAUCAUGAAAUAUUUCCCCUCAAGAAGGAGAUUAUUAGAGGUCUAGAGGCUUGUUUGGAUGACAAGAAGAGAAGGGUGAGACGUGCUGCAGUCAAAUGUAGAAAUGCUUACUUUGUCAUUUCCAAGAGUCAAUAA